AUGGCAAUGAAUUGGAGCAACGUAACCCCAAAUCAUCUUAUUGUUCCCAUCAAAUGCUACGACCUCACGACUGGCCUUUUAGCAGGAAGCUUUGACAUGGCUCUUCACACAGAAUAUUCCUCACUUUCACCGUUAUGGUGUACAAGUACUGCUCUGUCUCCUACGGAGAUCAUCGAGUCCGAUAACGAAAAGCAUAUCUCCUUUCACGGCGAUACACUAAUGAUCAUGGAGGACAAGACGCUAAACGUCGCCGCCGUACACCUCCCAUCUCUGCUCGAGGACUGGCCAGAGGAAUACGACGAGGACAACUACACAACACUUCCAACUUGUAGCCUUGGCACUACAGAGGGAAAAAGGAAGCUCGUAUGCCAUCAAUCUGGCACAUUCAGCGUUAGUUCGUAUAACACAGCUACUCUUGAGUCUCUGGAUCAGCACAAUGGCACAGCGACGGAUUCAAUCCCCUUUAGUGUUGCAUACCUGAACGAAGAUCGUUGCUUCGUCCUUCCCGUUACGAUUGGGGGUCCUGGUAAAGGCUCGUAUUCCCACCCCACCUAA